GGAGAGUUGCCUUCCCGUCGUGCGUUUUGUGUGAAAUAUGGCGGGACGUGCGCUGAGUUUCUGCGAGGUUCCGCUAAACUUGGGCUCUCACCAGCGAUGGAAGGAACUCACCGUCAACCUAGGACUAACUGGAGGGACUAACUCACGGUCAUCUGCUGUAAUGCAGUCGCCAGAUGAUGAUGAUGAUUUCCACACAGCAGUACAUGCCGAACCCGCCACCAACACAACAGUAGGGCAAUAUGGAUAAUGCAGCUGUGCUGCUGCUAAGUGAAUUGUACGGUACAUUAAAAGGAGGAAUCUCCUCCAUAUACCGUCGGCUGGCCCAAGUACUCAGGGAACAUGAACCGGACAUCCCUGUGUUCAGCACUGUGUUAGAAGCUACCGAAGAGGACAAGAAGGAUGCCAAAAGUGAUGGGGUGCGAGAACUGCUACUCCCUCAGGUUGAAUCAGGAGAUGAAAGAACCAAGCCAAGUUUACACUGGCUGACAUUUGACCACCGUGCCAAAUACCCACAUCUUCCGGAGAAGGUAAAAACCAUCGUAGGACACACCGAUGGCACAAGCAGAGCAGCAUGUGGAAUAAAACAGGACCGUUGUCCAGAGGCAACAGCCAUCCUCUUCAUCGACGAUAUACCAGAGGAGACCGAGCAAUACAAGGGAGAUGAGAAGGCCUUGGGGAUUGGGAAGAAGGAAGAUUCAAUCCUCAAAGAUGCAGAACAAGCAGACGUCGUCUUCUCUAUCGGAGACAGGAUCUUUGAUCACUUUAAGAACCAAUUCAGAGCUAUACCUGCCAGCAAGCAACCUCAACAUAUUAAGUUUGUUCCACGGCCUUCCAGUAUCUUUGAAGACGCAGAUGCGGAAUACAAGGACACGGAUACAAUGGUUGUCCUUUCCAUCAGUAGGGUGACAGGCGUUGAGAAACUUAAUGGGCUUGACCUUGCUGUUAAGGCCUUAAGCAUUGUUGCGGAGAAGAUGUCAGUCACGCUUCGAGUAAGAGGAGUCAACAAAGAAGAUCAAAAAGCAAGAAAUGCGAUACUUGGGCACCGCAACUCAACUAAUCUACAGAUAACGUUCGACCCUUACGGUACACAGGAGGACAUCCUCAAAGACAUGCUGCAGGCCCACCUGGUCCUUGUGCCCUCUUGCGCUGAACCGUUUGGGUUCGUUGGCCUGCAAGCCAUUGCAGCUGGAGUACCGGUUCUUGUGUCUGACAAAUCUGGACUGGCAAACUUGAUCGAGAAGUUUGCCCGACGCUAUCACAAUUGUAUUGUCAAGACAGACAUUCAUGGCAAUGGGAAAAUGAACUUCAAUGUCUCUCGUUGGGCUGAUCGCAUUGAGAAGGUCCUGGAGCAUUGCAAGGAAGAGUUUGAAACAGCUGCAAACUUGAAGAAGGAUCUUUUGGAUACAAGAUACUGGGAGGAGUCAGAAAGGACGUUCAUUGAGAUCUGCAAACGUAAAGGACCACCUAGUGCUGUGUUUGGGGACCAAGGUACACAAGACAAUGGAGAUUCCUAUGAGAGCGGUUCAGAUGACGAUAGUUCGAACUUCAUCAUACUGGAGAUCAGUAAUAAAAUCUUCAACGAAGAAGUACUUCAAGAUCCUCAAAUGUUUGAAAGCAAAUUUUCAGUUUUCCGACGACAUUUUGUUGCAUCGUACCCACAUUUCAAGAGACUGUCUUGCAAAGCAAAGUUACGGGUGAAGAAAAUAGUUGCCAACCAAAUCACGAAAUUCAACAAAGUACUGCUCUCAAGCCAAAGACUAGAAAGUAUGUAUGAGAAGAUGGUGGAAUGCUUUGAAAAGUUCAGUGCAAUCUUGACGAAGAUUGAAGAUGGCUGCGUGCUCUGCACUCUUGAGUUUGAUGACACCCCACAUUUGAAGUCAUUUCUGAGAGGCUACCGGGAUGGGCUGUUGUCGGAAACUUUGACACAAGAACUCAUCACAGAAGAUAUGAAACAGGAGGAAGGACCCGGCCUCUUCGUUGAUGUAACACUGUUGGUAGCAAGAGACACCGCAGAGGUAGAUGAUGACGGGCCAAACAAGAAUAUUUCUAGAUCUCUGUGCGACCUACACGCCACGAAGACGCAGAGAAGUACCCUUCAACCUGGUCUCGUGAGUCUCAACCUAGCCACCACCAUUGCCCAAGAUUCUCGCUUUAAGGACUGGGAAAGUGAUCCACUCAUAAACCAGUUGGCCCUAGGACUGGCCGUGAAGUCACGACAAGCACAAGAGUCAGACCGCAAGGCGAAGAGAACAAUUGAGAUUCUCCAUACUGACGUCCACAAGCUCACCCAGGAGAUUGAAACAACGGCAAAAAUGCUCGCUGACCAGAAUAAAGAACUCCAAAGACAACAGGAAGCCAACACCAGGCUGACACGGACAAUUGAAGAUCUGCGAGCUCAAAAGACAAGUAGGGCUCCAACGUUGGAGCGUGAAGAAAUCAGGCAAGCUGUCGAAAAGGCAGACGUCGACGUUUAUGCAAGAGACCAACGUCGCAAAAGGUUGAAGUUAGAGGAGUCAGCUUUUCAAACAUCUGAGGAAGAAGCCACGACAGACACCCGGCAGGAAUCUUUAAAAGCUGAAGCAGAGGAUGGCAGGACCACACCCCAUGAGGCCAGCGGGCAUGGAGAGACUGGGGUGGUGGAGCUGCCUCGACAUGGCGCUGAUGUGCAGGCGAGAGACAAAAACGAUGACGAGACCGCUCUCCUUGAGGCCAGCAGGCGCGGGGACACUGGGGAAGUGGAGCUGCUAAUUCAACAUGGCACUGAUGUGCAGGCGAGGGACAACGUAAGUACAGACAGUCAUCUCGUGUAG